UGAUCAGUUAAGCUGGUAUAGCUUUCCACUCACAAACACACACGCGUAUAUUUAUAUAUAUACAUCAAUGGAGUCGUCAAGCAACGUUAACAGUACUGGUUCUCCAAGAGAGAAGUGGCCAUAUCCGACGUCGGAGAUUAAUGUUCUGGACAUCGUCCCCAAAUUGUCGUCGGAGAGAAACUACGGCAAUUGGAGGUUAUCGAUGCGGGACUUCAUCCGCGUGCGAGGUUUGAUUGGUUUCAUUGAAGGCACGGCUGUUGCUGCGGGGGAAAGCAACCGAGACGAGGCUUGGAACGGAUCAAACAAUCUCGUGCGAGGAUGGAUACUGGCAACCCUCAGCGAAGAUAUCCGCCCGCGAGUGCUGCGCUACGAAACUGCUAAAGAUUUGUGGACGGAGUUGGAGAAAAUAUUCGACGCGACCAGAUCAUUAUGGCGACUCGAUGAAGAAACAGAGUAUAGGCAAGGCCAUUAUCUAGCCUUGCAGAAAGCUGCAAUCAAUGGGGAUUGGGACAAAGCCAUGGUAAUCAUAGAACUCGAACCAGAUGCUGUUAGGACUCCCAUCACCCCUAACUCACAAACAGCGCUCAGUCUCGCCAUCUCGUCAGCAUCAGCGGGGAGAAAUCUUUUCGUGAGGGAGCUUUUGGAGAAGAUGACACCACAGGAUGUUGUACAUCUAUCUAACAACCGGGGAGCCACAGCCCUUCACUACGCUGCAUCCAUUGACAACAUGGAAGGAGCCAGAAUGUUAGUCAACAAAAACCUGGAUCUUCCUAACGUUCCGGACAAAUCUGGAGAAACAUCUCUUCAUUACGCUGCCAAAUAUGGGCACAGAGAGAUGGUUCUUUACUUAAACAAAGUCACUAGAGAAGACAUUCUAUUGGAUUUGGCGAAUGGCCGCAAGGGUGCUUCACUGCUUGUGUGUCUUCUUACAAGUAGUGAGCUUUAUGACAUUGCUUUGACUCUGCUCAAGCGAGAACCUGAGCUGGCAUGCAUGGAACCCAAUCCUUUUGAAUUUAUUGCGGAAAAGCAUUCUUCAUUCCCGAGUGGAAAUUCCUCAAACAUCCGUCAAAGUUUAUUCUAUUUGGUUCCAGUAAAAUCAGAAGGCAUUGUAAACCAUCAUAACGAAGGAGGAGGAAGAGGAGACAUUGAGAAUCCGGCCGCGGCCAAUUGUUGCAUCUCUGGUUUGGCUAUCACAACACAUACAUAA